CGGGAGUGUGGGUUGAGUCAGUGAGCUCGAGACCAGUCGGGGUGAGGCACCAUGUUCAGCUGGCUGUCUGGGCCUGAGGCCCGCGGGAAGGACUCGGUGGUGUUUAACACGGUGUCCGAGGGCUUGCGCUCCCUGUACAACAAGAGGCUGCUGCCGCUGGAGGAUUACUACCAGUUCCAUCACUUCCACUCGCCCGCCCUGGAGCAGGCCGACUUCGAGAACAAGCCCAUGGUGCUGCUGAUCGGCCAGUACUCCACCGGCAAGACCACCUUCAUCAGAUAUUUACUGGAACAGGACUUCCCUGGCAUGAGGAUUGGGCCUGAACCGACAACUGAUUCCUUCAUUGCUGUGAUGCAUGGGCAAGAGGAAGGGAUCAUUCCUGGCAAUGCACUUGUGGUUGAUCCCAAAAAGCCUUUCCGGAAGCUAAAUUCCUUCGGGAAUGCUUUCCUAAAUAGAUUCAUGUGUGCUCAGCUCCCAAACCAAGUACUGGAAAGCAUAACUAUCAUUGACACACCUGGAAUCCUCUCUGGGGAGAAGCAACGAAUGAGCAGAGGUUAUGACUUUUCAGAAGUUUUACGAUGGUUUGCUGAGAGGGUUGAUCGUAUCAUCCUGUUGUUUGAUGCUCACAAGUUGGAUAUAUCUGAUGAGUUUUCUGAGGCUAUCAAGGCACUGAAAGGCCAAGAUGAUAAAAUCAGAGUUGUCUUGAACAAGGCAGACCAAGUUGAUACACAACAACUCAUGAGAGUGUAUGGAGCAUUGAUGUGGUCCCUUGGCAAAGUGAUUGACACCCCAGAGGUUGUACGUGUCUACAUCGGCUCCUUCUGGUCUAAACCUCUGCAGAUUACAGAGAAUCGGAAACUUUUUGAGUUGGAAACGGAAGACCUGUUCAGGGACAUUAAAAGUUUACCUCGGAAUGCUGCACUACGCAAACUCAAUGACCUCAUCAAACGGGCCAGGCUUGCAAAGGUUCAUGCCUAUAUCAUCAGUUACUUAAAGAAGGAGAUGCCAGCUGUUUUUGGGAAAGAACUGAAGAAGAAGGAGAUGAUAAGUAGACUUCAAGAGAUAUAUUUCACACUCCAGCAGGAACACAAUAUCUCUGCUGGUGAUUUUCCCAAUGUAAAAAAGAUGCAGGAGAUGCUGCUGUCCUGUGACUUCAGCAAGUUUCAUACCCUGAAACCCAAGAUGCUGGAGUCUGUGGAUGAAAUGUUGGCCAACCACAUCGCUGAGUUGAUGAACCUGAUCCGACAAGAAGAGGCGAGCAAGCCAGCGCAGGCUGUGACUGGCGGCGCAUUUGAUGGCAACGUGAACGGACCCUUUAACGAAGGGUAUGGUGAAGGUGCUGGAGCAGGCAUAGAUGAAAGUGAGUGGAUUGUGGCAAGGGAGAAGUCAAAGUAUGAUGAAAUUUUCUACAUGCUCUCACCAAUUAAUGGCAAAAUCAGCGGGAACAAUGCAAAGAAAGAAAUGGUGAAGUCUAAAUUGCCAAACACUGUGUUGGGGAAGAUCUGGAAACUGGCUGACUACGAUCGGGAUGGAAUGCUGGACGAUGAAGAAUUCGCUCUGGCCUGUCACCUGAUUAAUAUAAAGCUCGAAGGAUAUGAUUUGCCUGGUGAAUUGCCAGGGCACCUCAUACCUCCAUCCCAGAGAAAGAACUGAAUCAAUUUAACAUUUUAAAAUAGAGACAAAUUAGUGGAUGGAUGGCAGAAGAGCCCAUCCAUUAAUUCUGGGGGAGGAUGGUAAAGCCUGUAGAUUUGAGUAUACAAGAUCUAUUUUCUAUACAAUAUAAAUCUAAGAUAGCCACUUAACUGUAUUUGCUAAAUCACAUGCUGGUGCAUAAUAACUGAAAGAUAUAAAAUAUUAAUGGGUCUCCCUGCAGUUUCUGAUACUUCCCCAGAGUGCGACCCAGUGCUGUUGCUGAAACGUCUGACUAAUAUGACUGAGCAGUUCUCCAUAAACUCCAUGUUUUUGCACUGUCCUAACUGGAUACGGAUGUGCAGAGACCUUUCCACUCCUCCCCUCAUGUCUUCCCCUCCUUCCUCCAUCAGCUUGUUUUCUGGGUGGCUGAGCAGUCUUGAUCUGGUACAUGAGAGCAAGGUGUGAGAACUUUCUGCUCCUAAACAGGCUGUGAGCACCCUGAUGGUAACUGCACACUGCCCUGUCAGUUCAUUGUUUGUCAAAGCCUUCACUCCUUAUGUAAAGCAUUUCAUGCCCAUGAUCUGGCAUCUGACUACAGGUAAGGCUUGAACCUUUUGGGCAUGUGAUCACUGCAGUUCUAGGUGAGACCGUUAGCAAAUGCUAAACUUGUAGCUGCUGUCAAGAGCUAAAGGUGGCAUCAGCAUAAAAUGCAGAAGGAAUUAUUUAUUAAUUUAUCUUUUAAAAUUUUAUAUUUUAAACAAAUAUUCUGCUGACCAAAUUAUUUUUCUCUCCUGGCCUCCCAUAUUUUGUUUGGCAGAGACACAGUUAAGAGUUAGGGAGAGGAAAGUUUCAUGCAUGGUCAAUCAUUGAGGCAUUGGCUUUAACUAGUGAGUAGCAAAAAUACAACCAGAGGGACGGCAAGCCUUGAACCCUAGUCUCUGUGCUGCAGUGUGACGUUAUGAACUGUGAAAUGGAAAGUUAACUUAAGUUCACAGGACUGAAGGGCCUGAAUUCUCUUGAACUGAGUCAGAAAUAAGCAUUCCAAAUCACGGUGGUUCAGUUCAGAGUCUUGACUAGAACAAAAUGGGCAGACCAUACAUCGUCUUGUAUCAGUCGCACAAAAGUAGAUGCGUUGCUUGCACAAUAAAGCCUUCUCUUGCUUUCCUUGUUGCAGUGCCUCAUGUUGACCUGCUUUGAAGAUUGAUCUUGUGUUGGAAGUCCUGUGCUGUAGCACAGGCUCCUUGUAGUAGCAAUAGUAUUAUUGACCACCCUAAACAACAGCCACAAUCUGCACUUAUCAUGUUGUGGAGGUGCCAGUGUUAGACUGGGGUGGACAAAGUCAGAAAUCACAUGACACCAGGUUGUAGUCCUACAGAUUUAUUUUAAAUCACAAGCUUUUGGAUCAGUCCUCCAUCACGUGUGAAGGAGCAGUGAUCCAAAAACUUAUGAUUUCAAAUAAACCUGCUGGACUAUAGCCUGGUAUUGUGAUUUUUGACUUUGCAUUUAUUAUAUGAUUUUAAGGUGUAGGUGCAAUAUCUUACACUAGGAUGAAGUUGCCAAUGGAGUUAUAUAAGGAUAUAUUUGCUUCCAAGACACCUCCCUGCACUUUUAAAACUGAGGUAAUGUUAUCAGAGCCAUAAGAGAUGCUGAUAAUUGUUCAGCAGCAUCUGAUGCUGUGGGUUCAUUGAAAAUUAGUUUGAUCUGAGAGGUUGCCCAUGCACUCAUUCUUCUCUCAGUUAUGCAGACAUAAGAAUUUUUAUUCCUAUUCAAUCAGGUUCAAUCAUUAUUAGAGUUGCUUGAGUCUUGUUCAAUUGGGGAAAAGAGCCAUUUGGAACAUGGCAGGUAUUUGUGAAACUGCAUUGUUAUUUGAAACAUCGAGAGUCAAAAUCAGGCAUCAGCUGGCAUGAAAGAAACUCAGCUCAAAUAAUGAAAAGUUAUGCUGAAGUGUUGGCAUAGUUGACAUUUUGUCAAAGGUCAGAAAAAUUACCCUGUGUGCAGAAUGUGUGCAUGCCUGUCCUUUUAGCAUUCUUCUUGACUCUGCAUCAUUUUGCACAUUUAAAAAUAACAUGUACAAAUGAAGUGUAACUUUCUUGAUCUUCUGUAAUUUCUUAACAGGGUGAAGUUCUGAAAAUCGUAAUCUGAGAGCUGAUGAGAUGAUAUUGGUUAAUACAUCGUAUUGCAAGUCACUUUACAGCCAGAGCUUUUAGGAAAGGUUCCAUUUUUAAACUCAGCUGCUUCAGUGCAGUAGAGGGACACACCUGAUUUUAGGUCAGUUCCAUUUAGUGCUGAUGCCACAGAUGAGCUUUGUUUUAUCUUGCCCUGUUUAUGAAGUGCUGAUAAUUAAGCAUAUUUCUGUUUACUCAGCCCAUUGAGAGAGUUUCAGGGAAAUAUUAAAUGUGACAACUGAACUGGGGGCUACUGUGAACACUUCAGUGAUGAAAAAUGUUGGAAGGUGCAAACAAGUUCGGAGUGGCAAUUCUUUAUAGCAAUGGUGCCAAUGAGCUUUUAUUGAGGCAUGACAAUAUCAUAACAAGAGAUCCUAGGUGUGUAAUGAUAGUGUCUGGUCGUGGGAGAUGGGUCCUGGAUAUGGCUGCUGAUAGUAGCUUUAGCGUGUUAUAAAUGAUCUCGCACAACACUGUUGAGCAACACACUUACCUAGUAAUAGUAUGUAACUCCCAAAGUUGUUCGUGCAUAGUGUCAUACAGCUGCUGAAACAGUUCAAACUGUCCAUGCUGACCAUGUUCCCAAACUAAACCAGUCUCACCUGCCUACAUUGGCCCACAUCCCUCCAAUCUUUUCCUGUUCAUGAACUUAUCUUUUAAAUGUUGUAACUUAACUGCAUCCACUACUUUUGCUGACAACUCUUUCCACACACGAUCCACUCUGUGUAUAAAUGUUGCCCCUCAUGUCCUCCUUGAAUCAUUCUCCUCUCACUUUCAAAAUAUGCUCCCGUUCUAGGGAAAAGACCUUUGUCAUUCACCUCAUCCAUGUCCCUUAUGCUUCUUAAAACCUCAAUAAAGUCACCCCUCCUCCUCCUAUGCUCCAGUGGAAAAAAAAGUCACAUUCUUUCCAGUCUAUUUUUAUAUCUCAAACCUUCCAUUGCUGGCAAGAUCCUGGUAAAUCUUUUCUGAACCCUCUCCAGCUUAAUAAUAUCCCUCUUAUAACAGGGUGGCCAGAACAGCGCACAGCACUCCAGAAGAGGCCUCAUCAACAUCAUGCAUGACAUCAACAUAACAUUCAACUCCUAUACUCAAAGGUCUGAGCAAGUGCGCUAAAUGCCUUCUUAACCACCCUGUCUACCUGCGAAGCAAAUUUCAAAGAAUUAAGUACCUGAAUGCCUAGGUGUCUGUUUUCGACAACACUACCUAGGGACCCACCACUAAUUGUAUAAGCCCUGUCCUUGUUUGUAUUGCCAAAAUUUAUCUAAAUUAAACAUUACCUGCCACUCCUCAGCCUAUUGACCCUUGCAAUUCAAAUUUUAUUGAUAGGUAGUUUUGGUUAUUUCUAUCUGAUAAAUGUGAAAAAUUUAAAGUUAAGUGUAUUUGCUCAAUUAUGACUAUUUCUUUUUUGAAGUGAGUAUGUUUAUUUUAAGGCUGAUCCACUGGCUGCACCUCUUGAUAUUAGCCCGCCUAUAUGUUACAGCAGCGUGUUGCAGUCCUUCUGAUGGCUUGGAACAAAUACCAUUGCUUCGCGUAAAUCUCUCAACAAAUAUAGCCUCCUAUCUGUUUUUGCUGUCCUGUGUAAUUCUGUUUGUAUCACAGGAUUUCAAGUAUGUAUAAUCCUGUUGUACAGUUUUCCUGUCUGUCUAAGCCGUUUUCAAAUGACAGGUUCUGACAGCUCAGAGCUCAAAGCUACCCAUUUCCUAAACUACGAACACGCAGAGAACUUGUUUCUCAAGAACAGAAUAAAGCACAUAGCUGCUGCCAUCUUGAGGCAAUAAAAUGAUUGUAAUAUUGUCUCCAGUCACUGGCAACCCUCAGUUGAGUGGAAAUGUCUUUUACCUGCUGGCUGGCAGACUUGUCCUGGGAACAAGCAUUCUCAAACAGUAGUCUUUCAAUUCACUGUCUACUUGUGAAUCCACAGUGUAGAUCCUCAAAUAGCUGCUAUUGAAACUACUUGAUUAAUCUUUGUUAGUGGAAAUAGAUCUCAUGAGUGCAACCUUUUCGUGUAUAAUAUAUGCAGAAAUUAAUUUCGAGGAAUAACAGGAGACUGCGAUGAAUUUACAACCUAGCUCUCCCUUUUGACUGGAAGAAAAAUCUUAAAUGGAAUCUAGUAAACAAUGAAUCCUGUCUGAGAAUCCAGAGUUCUGGCACCUUGAUAAUUCCUGAUGUUUUGCAGGCAAGUGAAGAUUGAACAAGCUGCUUGUUGACACUGUUCAAAUUAUUUCAGUUUCUCUCUGCGGGAUGAGAGAUUGUUCACCUCUGCACCUGAAUUUGGAUAUCAAACUUAGUUCAAAUGGGAAUUACUAUUAUGAAAAAUUGUUAUAAAAGCUGGAAUUCCAAAUAAAAGAGUAAAAAUUGGCAAUGCUUGGCAGGUCUGACAGCAAAUAUAGUUAGAGAAAAAUGGGGUUAACGUUUCAGAUUGAUGAUCUUUCAUCAGAACUGGGAGAGCGAGAAAUGUGAUAGGUUUUCAACAAAGGGUGGCGUGUGAGAAUAAACAGAGUUAAGGAACUUCAGCCUUGAGUAUUGCUGAUAUGAAAGGCGACAUUUUGCGAUUGUCCCAAUGAGUGCAAGAUACAAAACUUUGACGAAAAGUCUUUUUGUUUUGUUUCAGCAGUACUUGAGUUCUGUGCUACCAAACAACUAUUGGAACUUCAGGCUGUUGUUCCUCAGAGUUAAAGGUUUCAGAUUUGCAGUCUUUUACUGGAACUUUGGUCACAGACCUGAAACAUUAACUCUGUUUCUCGCUCCACAGACGCUGGCGACUUGUUUUUUUUUUAUUUUAUAUGUUGAUCUGGAUAUUUAUUCCCCCAGUGAAUGGAAUGUCUCUAUUCUGCCAAGAAGCUGGCAUCUUGACACUGCAGCUCAUUGCUGAACCACAUUGCUUGAAUGUUUGUAAUAUUCCAUACGAAGUAAUGAAUCAGAAACUGUUACAAUGUGCAAGUUAGAGGGGUUGGUGGUGUGGGGGCUGUGUGAAUGCUAGUUGUGAGUUUUCAAGUGAAGAUUGAGCCUUCUGAUGGGUGGCUCAUUGAAUUUUUCACUGUUACUGACCUUGGACAGGAACCAAAUCUGCCACCUAACUGAGAAUUAAACAAAACCCCCUCUAACUGUCUGCUGGUCUCAGUUGAGAAGUACCAAAUAUCAAAAAUAUAUUUACGACAGAUGUGGUUGACAAGAGGCUAGACCUCAUUGACUCUGUCAUUAACUUGAUUUUUAUCAAUAAACUGUUGUCAGAAUGUCGGUCACAAACUGAAAGGGGGAAUAAAUAUUGAAGAUAAUGGAAACAAUAAACAAAACACAUACAUAUUUGUCAAAUAAAAAUAUUGAGAUCCUAUGAAGGUUACAAGCAAAAGUAAAUGGUUCACAUCCAUCGAAGUAACCUUAUUUCAAGCAUGGGUGCUGCAUCCCGUUACAGCUAAACCUCUUGGAUAAUGAAAUAAUAUUUGUAUCAGCCUUUUCGCCCCUCAGGUGGAUGCAUAAUCCUCUGACAGAUUCCUUGCAUGACUUGUAUUUCAUCUGAAUUUAGUUAUUUUAUCAUUUAGAGAUGUCAGGUGUUUCAUCCAUCAACACAUCUCUAAAUUUCCCCUCUCGUUGAUCAUGAGGGAAAAGGGUAGUGCUUUCUGUGAAAUGAAAUUUAAAGGGAUGUAUUAGUAACAGUUAUAAGAUUCUUUUUAUAGUGCAAUGAGCAUUGAAACUAAAUGCUGAAGUUCGAAAAUUGCUUUAAUAAGAGGAUUAAUGUGACAGUUACACUGAACACAGCUAAUGAUAAAAUUCCUUUGUACCCAAGCUGAGAUCUGUUAAAGCUUGUUUUGCUGUUGCAUUUGAUGUUUAACUGCAACUACCUACAGUGUUUUCAGUAACCCAGCAGUACAUCCUCCUGUACUUUCUGCAUAGCCUGCAUACCCCUCUUUUUGAUGUACAGUUGGCUGUGCGACUCUUUCUGUUCAGCUACAGGUCUGUUUUUUUUUGGGAUGGUUGUUCAUCAGGCUUCCAGUUUGAGAUGUCAGUGAACUAACUUUUGGAUGCUGUUAAUUCAAGUAAGUUUUCCUACUCUAAGGCUUGAAAAUAUUGAGCUAUCUUUAUUGUUGAUCCUUGGCACUGUGUUCCUGUUCUUAAUGACUGGGGAAGAGGUGAGGAGAAAGGUGGGGGAGUGUCCUCUUAUUCAGUGGCACUCUGAUGCCUGAGGGAUACAGCUUUGGUUAAGGAGGUUGAAUUUCACCCACCUUGCCCUUGUGAUGGGAGCAUCUCGCUGGGGUCCCUCUUCAAUCUGAGACCUAGGAUGGAUGGCAUACCAGCAGCAGCCACUGACAUUCCAGUUAUUAAGUGCUGAAGAGCUUUUGCUGGAUGGGACAUGCAAACGCUGGGCCCUUGAUCCAAGGGAGGAGGCUGGUGAAGUAGCUGUGGGACACAGUAUGAGAUGGCUGUUUCCAAAAAAGAGCUGGUGUGGGGUUUUAAGAGCCUCCGAUCAACAGCUGAGACCCUGCCAUGGCCCCAGGUUUCCUGUCACAAGGAUCUGUCACUGUCAGAUUGUGCUUUACAACUAAAUGUUUCUGUUUGUUAUCCAUUUGUGAUUUUUCAUAUAAAUGGUGGAGUAUGAGAAAUUCAUGUUUGCUGUGAGAAUUUUGCAUAUCGUAUCAAUUGUACAAUCACACUUAAUACUCUAAAGAAAUUGACUCAUUUCAUUUGCCUCCCAUCUACUUUAAUUGUACUUAUGAAAUCUUGUUUCAAAAAAGCAAUGAGCAGAAAAGAGGUGGACUACAGAGCUGCCAAAUUUUAUCUCCUACUGCUUGGGCUCUGUGCCACUGUCACAACUACAUACCAUUCUUGAGGAAAACUUUCAACAAAUGUGAAUGAUGAGGGUGUGCUGACUGCUGUGAUGAGCACUAUGUUGCCCUGCUCAGACUCUAACCGAGUGGUUUACGCUAGAUAGGUAUUUUUGUAUGCUGGAGGAAGCCGGACGGGUGAUUUGCUGUAGGUUAGUGAGCAUUGCGCUUCAAUCAGCUUCUGGGGGAUUGCAGUGAAUUGAAACCGUUCCAGGUGUACUGGACAAGUUUGUGUUGUGCACGUCCAGCACAGAUAGCUUGAUCCUGUCCCUCUUACCUGAGAGAUUUGCAGCCUGUUACAGAGAAGCAUCAGCAGAAGACGCAGCCAAAAUAAAAAAAAUUGAUCUCUUGUCAUUAUCUAUGUUGGCAAGCUGAACAGAUUCAUUAUGUUGGGAAAGGGAAAGAAGAUGACUGAUAAAUCCACUGUUGUUGUAUUCUUACUGUUUAAACUUACAAAAUGAAGUACUGCUACAGAGGUUUUUCCAAAGUGCCUUCUGAAAAUGUAAGAGACACGCCAAUAUAUAUUUUUUGUUUGUGACAGACCAGUGGAUUUUAUUGCAAAUGAGGGACUUUGAUCAGCUGUCAAACCUGUUCUGUUUCUGCAGUUUUCUUUCUGGGGCUGUUAACUUGUCAAUGUAUUUAAUAUUGCACUGUAUAUUUUUGGACAAAACUGUAGCUCGGCACAUUGACAUGAGAAUAUACUGUUCAAAAGUAUUCCUUAGGACUGUUUCUGAUGGAUUGUUACUGCAUGUACCAACCUUGGAAAAGUCACAAACUUAACUGGCUUAUCUCAGAUGUGCCCAAGUAUUAGGCAACUCUGGAUAGUUUAUGAAUGUAACUUCAAAGUGAUACUAGAAAUGUAUUUAAAAACCUGCUUCUGCUUUAUAUACAACUCUUAAACUUGAAUCCUGGACCGAGACUUUAAACAUGGCAUAUCUAUUUUUUCUUUCAAUUAUUCCUAUAUUUGAGCAGAUAGAAUGA